UCUCACACUUUUUUAUUAUUUAAGAUCCCCCUCCCCCUCCUCCAACCAUGGUGAAACAACAUAAAACGCGUGUACUUUAUCAUCGACCAAUCCAACCGCGUCUUAACCAUCCGAAAGCGUUAACGAUCCAUCAUCUCUCCAUCACAUAUACGGGUGGAAAGACUCUAGUGAAAAUCCAUCCAAGCCAAAUUUGUAUCGGUGCCAAAGAGUUAAUAACCAUGGUGGAAGAGAAACACGAUUACAUGACCACCAGCAACGGGAGUUGUAUUCGAAGAGAAGACCUACUCUUGGCUGCCGAAGCGCUUUUGCAAAAUCAAACCACCGAUCUUGACAAGCAACGGACGGGCCACAGUUACAGCAAGUCUUCCAAACCAGGCCCAAAACGACCUUCCAACGCCUUUAUGCUUUACAGCAGUUCCCUCCGGAAACGCAUCAAGACCCUGUUUCCCGAGUUCAACAAUAGCGAUGUGUCCAAAUUAUUGGGCGCCAUGUGGCGGUCCGCCAGCAACGAGGUCAAAGAGAAAUACACGAAAAAAGCGAACGAACAACGUAUGUGGCAUAAAGAGCAAUUCCCGGAUUUCGAAUACAAUGCUCGCAAAAUGCCAUCCAGCACCCCACCACCAUCAUCGACACUCGACCAUUCCAACGCGGAUCAUUUACUAUCACACGACUAUGGCUGGAUUCCUUCGAUCGACAGUAUCGAAUGUCCACCACUUCCUGUACCAAGUGCCCUGCCACCUUCGCAUCCCUCGACAACUCAAAGUGCCUACGUAUCGCGUGAUCCCACAGAAACAAACGGUCUUUCUGAAGGCUACGGUCCGUCCUAUCUCGAUUUCAAUUUCAACGAAUUUUAUCCGUCGUUCAACUUGUGUGAUGACGGCAUGCGGUCGCCGCUACCGCCCCCAGGGUCUCAGCCACUGUACUCUUCAACGGAUGGAUGGCAAGAAAUGUGUAACAGCGUAGCCUCCAUGUUUCCUGAAUGUUCAGAUACCAAUUUAUUGCUCGACGAAGACCUGUGGUCCAGCUUGCAAGAUCUAGGGGUGAUGGACGAUGCGUGGGAGAUGGGCGCCAUGGUUACAAAUCACCCAUAACCCCUCUCCUUUCUUGUUGUCGCAAUGUUCCCUGGAUGUUCCCCAGAAAGAAAAAAUGAUCAUGUAAUUACGUUUAAAUGAAAAAAAAAAUAGCCCCGCCAUGUAUGAUAACAAACAGCUUCUUCUAAUGCAAAUAUUCAAUUGUACAUCAUCCUCACUCCACG